ACGGCCACUGCGCAUGCGUAUGUUUUCGUUGGACGUAAUGGAGCCGUGCACGGCGUUGCAGGUGUUUCAUUGAGUUCACACUACGCUUGUUUUAGGCGCGUUGCUGUCACUGUAAUAUACCACCAUGUGGAACAGAGCUCGCAGCUGGGUUAAGAUUAGCUGUAAGCGGCGGAGUAUCUCAUGCAUCGAUAUGGAAGCAAGUAGAUAUCAUUGUUUCCGAUAAGGUUGCUGGGGCGCUGCACCGACCGUCCGAUCGUUUUGCACAAUUUUCUGUCGGCGAAAGAAAUAAACCAUAAUGACGAUGGGGGCAACUAGGACGAUGCAUUGCACGCUAGAAGGGCCCGCAAACGCCUUGGCAAUAAACCGAGACGCCACGCAGGUUGCCGUCGCAGGACGUAAUGUGUUCAAGGUGUUCAGUUUGGAGAACGAGGAAUUUCAAGAGAGGCUAAAUCUGCGUGUGGGCAAGAAUCUCAACCUAAACUUCAGUUGCAGCGAUGUCGUGUGGAACAUGGUGGACGACCAUAUCCUCGCCACUGCCGCCACGAAUGGAGCCGUCGUCACUUGGAACUUAAACAAGAGUUCCCGAUCUAAGCAAGACAUGGUAUUCCAAGACCACAAGAGGACUGUCAACAAAGUCUGUUUCAAUCCGUCCGAGUCGCAUAUUCUGUUGUCCGGCUCCCAGGACGGAACAAUGAAGUGCUUCGAUAUACGUAAACGGGAGGCAGCGAGCACUUUCCACAGUUCAUCGGAGAGCGUUAGGGACGUGCAGUUCUGCCCGCACCACCACUUCACCUUCGCGGCGGUCCAGGAAAAUGGCAACGUCCAGCUCUGGGACCUGAGGCGCUCGGACAAAUGCGAACGUCAGUUCACGGCACACAGCGGGCCUGUGUUCACGUGCGAUUGGCACCCGGAGGAGAAACGUUUUCUCGCCACUGGCGGGAGGGACAAGGCGAUCAAGAUCUGGGACGUGAGCUACAAGCCCGUGCUGCACCAGUGCAUUCAGACAAUCGCCUCAGUGGCGCACAUCAAGUGGCGCCCCCAGAAGAAGUACCACAUUGCCAACAGCUCCCUGGUCGUGGACUGCACCAUCAACAUCUGGGACACGCGGCGCCCUUAUGUGCCUUUUGCCGCCUUCACCGAACACAAGGACGUGGCCACAGGUUUUGCGUGGCGAAACAGUCCUGGCGUGUUGUUGUCAACGAGCAAGGACAGCACGUUGUUCCAGCAUGUCAUGGGCGACGCCAUCAAGCCAGCGACACAUGCCGACUCGCUCUCGGUGGCCCACGUGCUGAACCCAUCGGGCGACCUAGCCUUUGCAUCCAGCGACCGUUUCUUUCCCGAGCAAAGCAGCAGGUCUCGGCCUGGGCCCGUGCAUCCGGCAUCGGCCAGGUUUCCGGCAGUCUUCAAGAAGAGCACAAACCUCGGCGACAAGUUCAGCCACGCGCAGAGCACAUUAUGCGUCUUUACCAACAAGGAAGUUGAGACCCUGUCGUUGACCUGGCUGCGUGAGAGCGCUCUGCGUUACCAGCUGUCAGGGCGUCCCUUUGGGGAGCUGUGCGACCGCAACGCCAACGUGGCCGCUGACCUGGGACGCCACCAGGUGGCACAGACGUGGCGUGUGCUUAAGGCCCUCUACACGCAGCAAGCCAACUGUCCUGCCGACUUCCUCAAUCUCGGCGGCCUUCUCGACUCUUCGGCAAGGGGCGAUGCCGAGCGCAGUUCACAGGAAGGCAGCAACUUCCACACAAGCCGGCACAACAGCGGCAACACGCGCAACCGCAACCACAGUGGGGGCAAGAAGCCUGCCGUGGUCAGCCGGCACCUGAGUGGGCAGGGUGGCCUAGACAGGGGCUCGCAGGCAGGGCCCGAUGCGCAGCAAACUACGGGCGAGGACUCUGCCUCGAGCGGCAUCGAGGACGACCAGACGCUGGCUUACAUUGCCAGCGGCAUGGCCAACACGCCGGGCGACUUCCUGUUCGGAGACGACAGCGUGGCUGCAGUGCAGGCGUUCGCCUACAACCUUCAGGUUCCUAGCUCUGGGGGCACCGAUAGCAUGCAACAGCAGCAGCAGGAGUGGUCGUUGCCCACCGAGGCAUUUGAGCCACGUCAUCCCAUUCGGGACUCGCCACCCGUGCCAGACCUGGGCCAUCCGCAGAGUUCGCCCACAAGCGGGGACGAGGAAGACGGGCCCGAGACGCUCAUGUUUGGCAGCGGCAUCGGAGGGGACACUGAAGAUCAGGGCAAAGUGCUGACCGUGUUCCGGCCCCUGAGCGUGCCUGCCUGGAAUUGCAGAGAAGUCGUUCUCAGCAUGCUCGGACACUACGUAGACCAGGGUGAUGUUCAAAUGGCUGUAUCAGCCACAAUUGUUCUGGGAGACAAGCUCAAAGGCUGCAUAGAUGAAUCAACAUUGGAGUCCUGGUUUCUUGCUUACAUAGACCUGCUGAGCCGGUUCCAGAUGUGGAAUGUGAUAGCGCGGGUGCUGUCGCUGAGCAACUUGGCCUCGGUGUCCACGCUGAACCAGCAGUCGACCAUAGUGCACACAGUGUGUGGCGGCUGCCAAAAGCCCCUGGCCCGCUCGGGCUGGCUGUGCGACCGCUGCAAGGCCAUACCUGCUCCCUGCGCCAUCUGCCAUGAAGUGGUGCGCGGGCUGUUUGUGUGGUGCCAAGGCUGCGCGCAUGGUGGGCACGUGCAGCACCUGUCGGCGUGGUUCCAAACGCAACGGCUCUGUCCUGCUGGGUGCGGCCACAUGUGCGAGUACACAUAACACUAGCCUUCUCCCAGCUUUGCUGCUCUUCUCAUCAGGCCAAUUCGUCAAUCGCCUCGCGCUGGGAGAGAUCCGUCACUCCUUCGGGUACAGCGCAGCCGGAGCACAAGAACAAGGCGCACAGCUGCUGCAUUCUAGACGGUGACGUUCGCCGCCGGCACGGUGCAGUAGGGCAUGUCAGCUCCGUGGCUGCAACUGAUUCCAGCGUUGAUGUCGAUGAUGGCUACCACGGUGCCGCAGAUUGCAACCGCUGCCCCGCAGACCGCC